CCCAAAGCCCUGUGGCGCUUUUGUGCCGCGCUAGCCCUUCUGGGAUAGGGAUGGGGACUCCCGGACCUUCGGGCCGGCCUCUGUUGCUCCCGAGCGCGUCAGGGCCCCCAGAGAAGCGCACGGCUAGGGAGGCUGGGGCUGCGAAGAGUAAGCAGCGAGUUCUAGAUGAGGAAGAGUAUAUCGAGGGCCUCCAGACAGUCAUCCAGAGGGAUUUCUUUCCUGAUAUAGAGAAGCUACAGGCACAGAAGGAGUAUCUAGAGGCUGAGGAGAAUGGAGACUUGGAACGAAUGCGCCAGAUUGCCAUCAAAUUUGGCUCUGCCCUGGGCAAGAUGUCUCGAGAGCCUCCACCACCUUAUGUGACUCCAGCCACAUUUGAAACCCCUGAGGUACACACAGGUACUGGAGUGGUAGGCAACAAGCCCAGGCCCAGAGCCGGAGGUCUGGAGGAUGGAGAGGCUGGAGAGGAGGAGGAAAAGGAGCCACUGCCCAGCCUGGAUGUUUUCCUGAGCCGCUACACAAGCGAAGAUAAUGCCUCCUUCCAGGAGAUCAUGGAGGUGGCCAAAGAGAAAAGUCGGGCUCGCCAUGCCUGGCUUUACCAGGCUGAGGAGGAGUUUGAGAAGAGGCAGAAAGAUAAUCUUGAACUCCCAUCAGCAGAGUACCAGGCCAUCGAGAACAGCCAGGCCGGCGUGGAGACCUGGAAGUACAAGGCCAAGAAUUCCCUCAUGUACUAUCCAGAGGGUGUCCCUGAUGAAGAACAGCUGUUUAAGAAACCCCGGCAAGUGGUGCAUAAGAACACUCACUUCCUGAGGGAUCCCUUCAGCCAGGCUCUGAGCAGAUCCCAGCUGCAGCAAGCAGCUGCCCUCAAUGCCCAGCACAAACAGGGCAAGGUGGGCCCUGAUGGCAAGGAGCUCAUUCCCCAGGAGUCCCCCCGAGUGGGCGGAUUUGGAUUUGUUGCCACCCCUUCUCCGGCCCCUGGUGUGAACGAGUCCCCGCUGAUGACCUGGGGGGAGGUAGAGAACACACCACUGAGAGUUGAAGGGUCAGAGACCCCCUACGUGGACAGGACACCAGGGCCAGCCUUCAAGAUCUUGGAGCCUGGCCGCAGGGAGCGGCUAGGCCUGAAGAUGGCCAAUGAGGCAGCUGCCAAGAACCGGGCCAAGAAGCAGGAAGCCCUGCGGAGAGUGACAGAGAACUUGGCCAGCCUCACACCCAAAGGCCUAAGUCCAGCCAUGUCCCCAGCUCUACAGCGGCUUGUGAGCAGGACAGCCAGCAAGUAUACAGAUCGUGCUUUGCGGGCCAGCUACACACCAUCCCCAGCACGUUCGACUCACCUUAAGACCCCGGCUGGUGGCCCUCAGACUCCCACGAGCACACCAGCUCCAGGCUCUGCCCCACGCACACCUCUCACACAAGACCCAGCCUCCAUCACGGACAACCUACUGCAGCUCCCUGUCCGCCACAAAGCCUCGGACUUCUUUUAGAGCCAGUCUGGACUGGGCCCACAGAUGCUUCAUGGAGCCUGAAAUACAGAGGACUCCAGCUGCUGAGGACCAAGGCUGGGCCCAGAGGUGGUUGAUCACAGGAACCACAGAUGACGAGUGCUGUGCAGCAGCCAGGCUGGCACAAGAUAUACACUACUCCCUUUGGGGCGCAGCACCAAUGCUGCCUCCUAGGGCCUUGGUGGAACUGUUUUCUAUUUAACCCCUACCUGAACUGUCAUUAAAGAAUAACUGGUA